UUCCACUCCGCAUUAUAAAAGAAAGCUAAUUCUACAUCAAGCUGUUGUGGCAUCUCAACAGGGCUUCCAUCCCCAACUCCAACAACAAAUGGCAUCUCAGACGGACCUCAUCCACAUCUUUAAUGGAAUUCCAUUCACCUCCCGAUCCUCAGCCAAUCUGCUGAAAGCCUUAAACUCCUUCCAGGCUAGAGAAGACGACUUGCUCCUGGUAUCUUAUCCAAAGUCUGGCACUCACUGGUUGGCAGAGAUCAUGAAGCAUCUCUAUACAUCGAAAGUUUCCUUGACGUCCCCUAUCGAGUUUGGAGACGUUUCUAAACUGGAAGAGUUGAGUCACAUCCCCUCGAGAAGGAUCAUCCCUACUCAUUUGAGCUACGACAUGUUACCUACAGAAUUCAAGGUCAAGAAAUGCAAGGCGAUUUACAUCGUCCGGAACCCCAAAGAUACCGCAGUCUCUUUGUUUCACUAUUACAGAGAGAACCCCAAUCUCCCAACCAUCGAGACCUGGCAGAGUUACUUUGACAUGUUCCUGCGAGGAGACGUUGUGUGCGGAUCUUGGUUCGAUCACAUCUUGAGCUGGGAAGAGCACAGAAAUGAAAUACCCACUCUCUUUUUGUAUUAUGAAGCAAUGAAAAAGGACCUCCCCACAGCUGUACGAAAAAUUAGCACCUUCCUCGGAAUAAAUAUCAGCGACAAUGAGAUCAGCAUAAUCUGCAAAAAGACAUCAUUCAAUGAGAUGAAAAUGAACGUAGAGAAAGAUAACAGUGACCCAAACCACACGGUCUGCGCCCUGACAUCCAACAAAAAGCUGAUAUUCAGAAAGGGAACAGUUGGCGACUGGAAGAAUUACUUUUCAAACAGACAGAACCGACUCUUCGAUGAGCUGUACCAAACAAAGAUGGAUUCCAGCCACCUGGCCAAGCACAUCACCUACGAUAACUGAGCAAUGUCUUUAACAACACCAAAUAAACGCCAGGCAAGAUCUGUAAUCACAAAGGAGGAGAGACAUUACUGUGGCUCCAGCGGCCAGGAAACAUCACUGGAGCCAAAACUAGAGCGAUUCGAAAAAAAUUGCAAUAUUGUCAACACCUGCACCUCCAUAUCAGGAGUGGCAGAGGAUCCGCAUGAUAAAGUACAAGAUUUGUAAAAAUAGUUCCUCCAGUUAAACGAGUUUCAGAGGGAGCACUUCCUGCUCGCCUAACACAUCUAAGGUUAUGGACAAUGAGGUCUUCUGAAAACUGGUGCAAACAUGGAGAAGAGGUGGAAUCACCAACGGGACUUGCCUGCUGGCACCACUGGUUUCCAUGGUGACCUCACUUAUGUAUUUACACACUGUCUACACUUAACUCACAAUGUAAUCAGAUGGUAAUCUGUAUUGUAAUAUACAUAUUGUAAUCACAAUAGUAAAUGCAAUGAUAGUGAAUACAA